GUCGCGGCAUCUAAAACCCUCUCUCACUAAGCCGAAGCUGCUGCUGUUGUAUGUGAAGUUUCAAUAGGCAGUUCGCAGGAAUCGCCGUCUAUUUCUUCUUUCUGCUUCCGUAAAGAUCUGAUCUAGGGUUUCUUUUCGCUCCCAUCGAAACCCUAAAAAUGUCUAUCUCAGCACAAACCCCCGAUAUUAUGGGCGACCGCCAAUCUGGUCAGGACGUUCGCACCCAAAAUGUGAUGGCUUGUCAAUCUGUUGCCAACAUUGUCAAAACCUCGCUCGGUCCCGUUGGUCUUGACAAGAUGUUAGUUGAUGAUAUUGGCGAUGUGACUAUUACUAAUGAUGGAGCAACCAUUCUCAAGAUGUUAGAAGUUGAGCACCCUGCUGCCAAGGUGCUUGUGGAAUUGGCUGAGCUUCAAGACCGAGAAGUUGGAGAUGGCACUACUUCAGUGGUCAUAGUAGCUGCAGAGUUGCUUAAGAGAGCAAAUGAUCUCGUGAGGAACAAGAUUCAUCCGACUUCCAUAAUCAGUGGUUACAGACUUGCUAUGAGGGAAGCAUGUAAAUACGUUGAGGAGAAAUUGGCUGUGAAGGUUGAGAAGCUUGGAAAAGAUUCUUUGGUUAAUUGUGCCAAGACAAGCAUGUCAUCAAAGUUAAUAGCUGGUGAUAGUGACUUCUUUGCAAAUUUGGUCGUUGAUUCUGUACAAGCUGUAAAGAUGACCAAUGCACGAGGGGAGAUUAGAUAUCCCAUCAAGGGAAUCAAUAUUUUGAAAGCUCAUGGGAAAAGCGCAAGAGAAAGUUAUCUUUUGAAUGGUUAUGCUCUAAAUACAGGACGUGCUGCUCAAGGAAUGCCUAUUAGAGUUUCCCCUGCAAGAAUUGCAUGUAUUGACUUUAAUCUUCAGAAAACAAAAAUGCAAAUGGGUGUUCAAGUCUUAGUAACUGAUCCUAGGGAACUUGAAAAAAUUCGUCAAAGGGAAGCUGAUAUGACAAAAGAGCGUAUUGAGAAACUUCUCAAAGCAGGAGCAAAUGUUGUUCUGACUACCAAAGGGAUUGAUGACAUGGCACUCAAGUAUUUUGUUGAAGCUGGGGCUAUUGCUGUUAGACGAGUUCGGAAAGAGGAUAUGCGCCAUGUUGCCAAGGCUACUGGUGCAACUUUGGUCUCAACUUUUGCUGAUAUGGAAGGGGAGGAAACAUUUGAGCCAUCUUUUCUUGGAUCUGCGGAUGAAGUUGUAGAGGAGCGCAUAGCAGAUGAUGAUGUGAUUUUGAUAAAAGGAACCAAAAAUACUAGUGCUGUUUCAUUGAUCCUUCGAGGUGCUAAUGAUUAUAUGCUUGACGAGAUGGAGAGAGCUUUGCAUGAUGCUUUGUCAAUUGUGAAGAGAACCCUAGAGUCAAACACGGUGGUAGCAGGUGGAGGUGCAGUCGAGUCUGCAUUAUCUGUGUAUUUGGAAUACCUUGCUACAACUUUAGGAUCGCGAGAGCAGUUGGCUAUUGCAGAGUUUGCUGAAUCUUUGCUGAUCAUACCAAAGGUUCUAUCUGUCAACGCUGCCAAGGAUGCAACUGAGUUAGUGGCAAAACUGCGGGCAUACCAUCACACUGCUCAGACUAAGGCUGAUAAGAAGCAUCUAUCUAGCAUGGGAUUGGAUCUUUUAAAGGGAACCGUUCGUAACAACUUGGAAGCGGGAGUCAUUGAGCCUGCAAUGAGCAAAGUGAAGAUAAUUCAGUUUGCAACGGAGGCUGCUAUAACGAUUCUUAGAAUUGAUGACAUGAUCAGGCUUGUCAAAGAUGAAAGUCAGAACGAGGAUUAGAUUGUGUUAUAGUGCAUUGAAGGAGGACUUCGAGGGUUUUGAUGUGGAUUUAUGUAUUAAUUUGAAAAUGAGAAUGUUUUGAUCUACUUAUUUUCUGAAGUGAUUCUGGUUUUGAUUUUAGCUUUGAGUUUUCGGCAUUAGCAAUUAGGAUAUAAUGAAAUGGGUACGAGAUAAAAAAAAAAUACUGUGAUUUUGUGGUGGGUUUCAUAGUAAAACUCGAAAUACAUAUUUUUGCUUUGUUUCACAUUUUUGAUGCGUACAAAAUCUUAAUUUCCUUUCGAUUUCA